ACAUGUACCCAGAGUGAACUGUAUGCAAUGCAGACACUCUGAGAAGUUUAAAGGGGAAAUCUGUCUCUGGUGGAACUGCUAACAAGAAUGGAGGGUCAGUCAAGGUGCUCUCAUAAGUACCUGCUGCUGCAGGUGUGGUGUGGUCUCCUCACCGUGGCCAUGGUGGUUAUGGCUGCAUUUCUCACUUCAAUCAAAUCAAAGUCAACUGAGGAUGAAGUCCCGACACUGAAGCCAGACCAUGUCAGUCCAACAUUCAACACUUUGGCAGCUCCUUUGAAGUCAGCAAGAUCCUCUCUCUCAUACAUCCAGCUAAUCAAGUCUCUGCACGAUAACGUUUGGCAAGAAUCACCUGAAUGUCCCUCCUGCUCCCUCUACCUGGGCAACAACUCUAUCCACUGCAAGGAAAACAGCUUCUACCUCAUCUAUGCCCAGGUCACCUUCACCAAACACCAAAGUAAGAAUCCAGCCAAAUCUGUGAUUCUGAGGAGAGAUGCCACGUUCGGUAAAAGUGUGAUGAAACUGGUUGAGGGGACCUUCCCAAGCACAACAGAGGGCUCUGUGUGGGUGGCCAAGAUUGUCAGCCUCACAGAGGGAGACAGCAUCAGCUUACAUAUCACAGAUGAUUUUCUAAAAGACAGCACAUUCUGGGGUGCCUAUAAGCUCCAGUAGUACUGCAGACCUCGAGGAUUUUUUUUUCUAUUCAAGAGAAAAUUAUUUGUGGUUGAACUGGUUAGUGGGGGCUAUACUAGUAUGUUUAAACAAAAGCUGUUCAUCAUAAGUAGUUUUUUUAUCUUUCAAUAUUUCGUGCCAGAUAAGUAACUGAUGAUUUUAUGCUAAAACAUACUCAAAACGGGGAUCCUGUGAUGUUCAGCAAUUACGGAAUUGAAUCUUAUCUUUGCAGGGUAGUAAAGCCUUUUAAUCAUCUCUGUGGCCAACAUGGAACACUAAAAUGCUAUAAAGCUCCAUCAGGCAGGGUACAGAAGUUUUUUUUACUCAAAACUUUGUUAUAAAAGGUCACAUCUUCAUUUCCUAUUGACUUUGGACAAAAAUAUAUUGGCAAAACAACAUACCGCAUCAGUCCAACUGUGUGCUGUUUGCUGACCUUGUAAUUUUUUAAGCUAACUGACUGUCUGGGGCAUCAUUUUUUUUUUUUUUUUUUGGGUCACUGCUGUUUGUUUAAUUUAUGAAAUGGGAUAUAAUAUUGUUGUGGUUUGAUUUCCGAGGG